GUCAUCUGUUGAGCUGUCAAUCUACGUUACAUGUAAACAAAAAUAUGCCAAAAUUUGCACUAAAACAAAAUAUCUCUUCCAGCUGAAUCAACCUGAAAUUUCUAUGAUAAACGUCAAAUUCUUCACGAAAUCAUUCUCAUGUUUCAUUUAUUCACAAAAUUAUUUUAAAACAAUUUAAAAUGGGGGAAACAGCAGUAGAUUUAUCAGGGCAUAUAGAAGCAACCCCUAUCUCGGUGGAUUCGAAAGUGUCGCAGUUUCAAAGACUCUUCCAUGUUCCAACUGAAAUUCCAGAUUUUAAAGAAUUAAUAAAACAGUCCAGCCAAAAGGUACGGCCAUGGAUGGAAUUCCUCAACACUGGUAACUUUAAAACUGCCCCAUCUGUUCCAAGAACAGCUAAGAGAAUAAAAAAGAAUAUCGAGUACUUUUAUGGGAACUAUAUAUUUGUGUCAUUAGGCUUAGUGAUAUAUUGCCUAAUUACUUCGCCGUUGAUUCUUCUUGCCCUUGCAGGCAGUUUUUACAUUAAUCGGUAUGUGAAUAGGUGUUACGAAAGUAAAAACUUGAAAUUGUUUGGAUUGGAAGUCUCGAAGAAUCAGAGAUUUUUGGUUGUGGGGAUGUUGACUAUGCCGAUAUUGUAUUUGGUUGGUGUACAUGCAGCAAUAUUUUGGGUUCUUGGUGCCUCCUUCAUGGUCAUCAUGUUGCACGCUGCGUUUUAUAAUAUAGAAGCUGUUAACCCUAGCCCCGAAACUGAAGCCUUAUUCGGGGAAGAAGUAUAAUUAUCAGAAAUUUUGCAAUUAUUCCAUGGUAUAAAUAAAACCUUUUAUCUCAA